GAUGUGAUCGAAAAGAUACCAAUCCGUGCACGAUCGCAGAGCUGGCUGAUCAGAACCCGACAUCUGCUCGAUCAUACCAAAGUUGCGAGGGAAUAUGAAAGGGCAGUGGUCAUGCGGCUCGGACGCCUUAUUGAUGGUGGUACUAAAGGACCGGGACUAUUUUUCAUUAUGCCUUGUAUUGAUACUUUUCGCAUCGUAGAUUUGCGAGUGCUUUCAUUCGAUGUGCCGCCGCAGGAAAUACUGAGCCGUGAUUCUGUCACGGUAUCCGUGGAGGCUGUCAUCUAUUUCCGAGUCAAUAAUCCGGUUAUCUCGGUAACAAACGUCAAUGAUGCGCAAUUCAGCACAAAACUUCUGGCCCAAACAACGCUUCGGAAUGUUCUUGGCACUCGUACACUUAGUGAAAUGCUCAGCGAACGGGACAGCAUUGCUAAUGUAAUCGAGAAAGUUUUGGAAGAGGGAACAGAUCCAUGGGGUGUGCAGGUGCAACGGGUUGAAAUCAAAGAUAUCCGGUUACCGCAUCAGCUGAUGAGAUCGAUGGCUGCAGAAGCGGAAGCUGCUCGAGAUGCUCGUGCUCUGAUCAUACAUGCUGAUGGAGAACGGAAAGCAUCCUGGUUCGUUUUCUUAUAUUCUGAAAUUUUGAUCCUACGACUUUAA